GCGUUUAUUUAUUCCACCACUCCUUGUAUUUCUCUACCUCUUAGUACGUACAAGAUCGAAGAGCAUGUCACUCACUCAGCUCCUCCUCUUCCUCCUCGUCGGGGCAGUUAGUUUCUUCUCUGGUUCAGAGGGCGGCGAGUUGGGGGUGUGCUACGGGAUGAUGGCUAGCAACCUGAUAAAACCGCCGGCUGUGGUGCAGCUGCUGAAAAUGAAGGGCAUCAAAGUGGUGACGUUGUACGACGCCAACCCGGAAGCGCUCACUGCGCUGGCCGGCAGCGGCAUCAAGGUGGGGGUGUCGUUACCAAAUCAAUAUUUGGGAGACGCGGCUGGCGACACGUCGUAUGCUAUCCAGUGGGUGCAGAAGAACGUGCAGGCAUACCCGAACACGCUGAUCAACACCGUGGCGGUGGGAAACGAGGUAUUUCACCAGGUACCUGGGUCGACCCCUUAUCUCCUCCAGGCCAUGAAAAACAUCCAGGCGGCGUUGGCCAGCUUUGGCCUGGCCAAGACCGUCAAGGUGAUCACACCCAUCGCGAUGGACGCGCUCAAGAAAUCUUUCCCGCCGUCCGACGGCGAGUUCAGAGGCGAUCUCGCACAGACGGUGAUGAGCCCCAUGAUGGAUUUCUUGGAGCAGACCGGCUCAUACCUCUCCUUCAAUAUCUACCCCUACUUCGCCUACAAGAUGGACCCAACAAUCGACCUCAACUAUGUUUUGUUCCUCAGCAACAACGGCCAGUCAGACCCGAACAACGGCCUCAUCUACUACAACAUGUUUGAUGCCAUGGUUGACGCCGUUUUCCAUGCCGUGGAGAAGCUGGGCAGCUCCCGCAAGGCAGCUCCAGGUAGGAGGAUGCUCGACUCCAACGAUGAUCUGUUGCUGAGUAUCAAGGCUCAGGAGACGGGGUUUGGGACAGGUUCAAUUGGACCGGCUUUGAAGCGCAACGGCAACGCCUCCUUGUCCUCAAUUGGACAGGAUGAGGCCUCCACCUCGAACGCCCAAACCUACAACGCUAACCUCAUCACCAGGAUUCUCAACGGCGGUGGCACACCGUACAAGCCCAAAUCCACCAUCUCCGCCAACAUCUUCUCCCUCUUCAACGAGGACCUCAAGACCGGCGAUGAGGACGAGCGCAACUUCGGCCUGUUCAACCCGGACGGCACACCAGUGUAUUACGUCGACUUCGUCGACCCUGCCCCUGCGGCGCCUAGCUGGUGCAGGGCGAACGCGGCCGUCGACAACAAGAAGCUCCAGGAUGCGCUCGACUACGCGUGCGGCCACGGGGCGGACUGCAGCGCCAUACAGCCCGGCAAGCCGUGCUACCAGCCCAACACCCUGGUCGCGCACGCGUCCUACGCCUUCAACGACUACUACCAGAGAAUGAACCGCGUCACCCGCUCCUGCUACUUCGAUGGGGCCGGUACCGUCGUCUACCAGAAACCAGCAGCCUGCAACGGGGCCGCGGCGAAUAGCUGGUGUGUGGCCAAGGCGGGGGCAGCAGAUGCGCGCCUUCAGGCAGCGCUGGACUUCGCCUGCGGCCACGGAGCUGACUGCACAGCCAUCCAGAGGGGCGGGCGGUGCUUUGAUCCCAACACCAAGGUCGCGCACGCCUCCUACGCAAUGAACGACUACUACCAGAAAAACGGCAAGUCCGAUCAAUCUUGCGACUUCAGCGGCAGCGGCAACGUCGUCUACCAGCGACCCCAGUUUGGCAACUGCGUCUUCUGAUGGGCUCGAGGUCAACGCAGUCAAGAAUAAAAACUAAACCCUGCCUACCCGCUUUCAAGAAGAAGGCCUAGCGUUGCAGUAUGCAUUCCAUGAUAUUGUACUUUUCAAUCCGGGGCAUCUCGAACUGAAUACGAUGCAUCAUCGUAUAUAUAUGUUUUUUUAUUGCAAAAUGAAUUUCAAUUUCUGCCGCACGUAAGUACGUGCGCUAGCCUGAAUUACCGUCACAGAUUUUGCUGGCCAUCCACCGAUAUACACAUGAAUACAAACUGAAAGUAUUGGGAGGUUAAA